CAUCCUCUCCUUUCUAACCCUGUUUUGCCUCACUCUCUGAGAAUACACGACUACUGCUGUUUCUCCCAACAUGAGACCCACUUUGCUUUCCCCUUCCCAACGCGACGAAGCUCCACGAGGAGUCUCGUUCUCGUUUUGUGGAGGCGAAAGUUAGACCAGACCAGCCGUGCCCGAUGUUUUACUUAUUGCGGUUGGUCUGCAUUUUGCCUCCUUGUUCGUCCGUACUUUCACUAUAUCCUUGCUCCCUCGAAGAGAUUCGUGUCAGUUGGAAGUUCACCAGGGAUGGGACAACUGCUUCUUCCCGGAUUGAGCAGAUAAGUUGGAACGAGGACUUGUGUAAACUGUGCAAAUUAUGUAUUAAGGUUUUGUUUUGUUACGAGAGAAAGUUGGUUGGUGGUGAAAGUGUAAAUAAAUAAGUUUCUGAGAUUUGUGUGUGGGUGUGACAUUGAGGAAAUUUAAAAACUUAAAGUGAAAGUUGACAGGAAAUUGAAAUAUUUCAGAAAUUUUGGAGUGACUGAGGCAGACAGACAGACGGAUAAGUUCGGACUUAUGUAAACUGAGUUAUGUAAACUGUGUAAAUUAUUGAGGUUUUGUUUUGUAAGGAGAGAAAGUUGGUGGUGAAAGUGUAAAUAAGUUUCUGAGAUUUGUGUGGGUGUAACAAUUCAUGAAAGGAAAGUGACCGAAAAACUGGGUGAAAGUUGGGAAGAAAUUGAAAUUUGACAGAAAUUUGAAGUGUGGAACUGGGUGGCGAAAGUAUGUACAAAUAAACUCAAGGCUUUUGUCUGAAUAUGUAAAUAAGUUGAGAUUUGUGUGGGUGUAACAACGUGGAUGAAAGUGAAAGUUAAAGGACAACUGAAAAAGAACUGUGUGUAAUAUUUCAGAUUUUUGUCAGAAAUUUGAAAAGUGUUGGAUUUUUAAUAGAAAAUGUGUCAUUGGUGAAAGUAUAAAUGAACUCAAGGUUAAUUUUGUCUAAAUGAGGAGAAAAUUUGAAAUUCUUAGAUUUGUGAAAAUUCAAAGAGAAAUAAUGAAAUACAAGUUUCAAAUUUGAAAAACUUUGAAAAGUGUCGGAUUUGGAAGGAUUUUCGAAAAGUUACUGCCUGGUUAAAGUAAACCGACAUUAUUUUAUAAAUCUAAGGAAAAGUGUAAAAACGGAAAAGUAAAAGUUCCACAAGUAAAAUAGAAUGUUUCUUUUCUGAAAAAUUUUGAACGUGUCGGAAUGGACUGGAUUUCCAAAAGUGGAGAAAGUUGUUGUUUUCAAUUUGACACUGAAAGAAAGACGAGCAAGUUGGUUGGUGCAGGGAUAUAAAUAACUGGACAUUUUUUUCAUUCCCAUAUAUAUAUUGUCAUGUCAACAAUAAAGUAGUGCGGGGAAAUUAAGACAAAGUGAAAGUCGGAUGGAAUGAAAAAUCUUUUUUUCACGAAAAACCCAAACAGAAAAUAUGUCUGAAAAAAUGUGAAUCUCGGACAUAAUCUGGGGGAAACAUCAACAUCUCCAACUUUCACUUGGAUGCCAUCCCAACAAAACAAAGUUCCCUCUUAAAUGAAGAGAUUACUCUAAAACCGCACCGAAAGCAGCACAAUUUCAUCCCGGAGAAAGCACCGGAACUCAAACUAAGAAAAGAACAAAACUCUUGAAAGCUGUUGAUAACUUUCUCUCCAAAACAACGCCUCGUCGAAAUGAAGCAAUAAUGACAAGACACAACCAGCUUGACGACUAAAUCCUGGGUGAAAGUGAACCUUUGCAUUGUCCCUUGUUGAUUGUGUGACUCUUGAGAAAUUCUCGUUUUGGUUGGCUGAUUGAAUUCAAAGGAUAAUAAUUAAUUAAUUAAACAAGGACUUGAAAUUCGGCCUUGGAAAUUUCACCAGUUCAGAAAAUGAAAACCUUUUGAAGACGCGAGGUCGUGAUUACGGAGCGACUUUCUCCAAUUGACAUGACUUUCAGUAUGAUUUAGAAUGGAGAAAGUUACACAGAAAGUUGGUCCUUGAAAGCUAAUAAGAUUACGAGAAAACUUGUAAUACGACAUUGGAACGUGGGGAACAUUCGAAAUUCUAAAUUUUGUCAUGUGACGUGACGACUUUCUCUCUGCCCAAGUAAACGAGGCGGAAACGCGCAGUUCCACUUCCAUGAUUAAUUAUGUAUUUUGCAACCAGAUGCGACCGAACGAGAUGAUUACAUAGAAAGUAACGAUGUGAUGUUCAUGGUCAAUAAGUAAUGAGCCACGGCACGGGAGGCAACCGCGGGAUGGUGGGAAUUUGAAUAAAUUCCCAAAUUAAAGGCAGAGACCGCGGAGAUAAUUGGAAAUUUGGAGGGGAGAAAGAAGGAAAUCAUGGGUUUGUCAUCUUACUUUCAUGCUACCUGUUUCGUCUCCUGGCUGUCGUUAAAUUUCUGAAACAAAUUUCUGGAAGUUUCAAUGAAACAAAAUAAAUAUAAAAAUUAAGAAGCGAAAUUAAGUUUCACCAUCAAUUUUUUUUAAGAGCAAGUUUCUCCGUGAAAAAAUUAAUGCAAAAUUAACGCGCAAAUUAACUUUCACCAUAAAAUUUUUGAAGAGCAAGUUUCAUCGCGAAGAAAUAAAAAUAAAACCAACAUUAAGUCGCGAAAUUAGCUUUCACACUUAAAUUUUUGUAACAGCAACUUUCACCACGAAAAAAAAUAAAUUCACAAAUUCAGAAAAUUAAACGAAAAUAAUUGGAAAUUUAUCGUGGAGGAAGGAAAUCAUGGGUUGGUCGUCUCACUUUCACGCUGCCCAUUUCGUCUCUUGGCUGCCAUUAAAUUCUAAAAUGUAUAAGGUUUCUAAAACAGUGGAAGAAAAUGAAAAUGAAGAAACACAAAAAGUGAAAGUCAGAUAACCGAGGAAAUCGGUUAGGCGAGUUGAUUUUGGUGUAGGAAGGAAGGAAGGAACAGGUAUAAAAAAUACCUGGGUAAGAGAGAAGACCAAAGAAAGAUAGAUAAGGAAGAGAGAAGAAGAAGAUUAAUAAGAAGACCACCAAAAAAAGUACCCGGGUAACAGAAAGGAACCGGGGUUCUAGACGAAAAACAGAAGAAAAUUGAUCAAGGAUUUAUUUGUCAAUCUAUCCCGGACAGAAAUUCUUGGGGGAUUUAGAACAAGUUCUGGGACGAGUUUCUCUACCAGGGUUAUUUUUAGAAUUUACUUUCUCCCAGUGGAACAAUUUUUAAGGGCAAGGUUCACUAGGGAGAAAUAAAUACAAAAUUAAGACGCAAAAUUAUUAACUUUCACCCUUAAAUUUUUUAGGAAGUUUCACCGCGGAUAAAAUAACACAAAAUUAAAGCGCGAAAUUAAAGCGCGAAAUUAAAGCGCGAAAUUGACUUUCACCCUCAAUUUCGUUAAAUAGCAAGUUUCACCGCGAACUUAAUAAAUUCAAAAUUAAGGCGCGAAAUUAACUUUCACUCCCAAUUUCGUUAAUAGCAAGUUUCACUCUGAAAAAAAUAACAAAAAAUUAAAGCGCAAAAUUAACUUUCACCCUCAACUUUAUUAAUAGUAAGUUUCACCGCGAACAAAAUAAAUACAAAAUUAAGGCGCGAAAUUAAAUCGCGAAGCGAACGUUCAUGACUAAAUUUUUAACGGCAAUUUUCGCCACGAAAAAAAUAAAUACAAAAAUUUAACACGCAACUUCCAAUUUUCAAAAAAUCUCCCUAAUUUCGACAAACUUUGUCCCUCAAAAAAAUGACUUCAACUAACACACCUGCCGCUGGGGGGUCGUCCUCCAUACCACCCGGUGCCACCCCGCACUCGACUUCCGGUCUGGUCGCGACCCCGAUGCCACACCCACUGCCGGACAUAAUCGACUACAAAGUGAAACUACUCGGCCUGCUGCCGGACGGGUAUCAGUACCCGUCCGGCCCGAGGAGAUGGGACCUUUCGACAGCAUGCUUUAUCAAAAUUCCAUCCGAAAUGACGUGCUACGAGGGGCGCGUGGAUACCAAAGGGCAUCCGACACUGAUCGGGUCGGGCAUCUUGGAGAGAAAGUAUGGCCUUCAGGUCCACCUCCCAACUCUGGCGGAAAGUGAAAGAGCGGCCUCUGCGGCGAGAAGAAAUGUGAAAGACCAUCGCCACCACGUCCACUCGCAUCACCGCGUCAAUGAAGACGACGACGAAACCCGUGGCGGCCUGGACGACGGGGGGAAACAGCUCGACGACGACAUAAUUCAGGAAGAAGACGAGGAAGGGAACUCAUCCGGAAAUGAGUCUGGAUCCGAAGGGUCCGAGGGGGAUGUGAAACUGCAUGGCCAAAACGUCCUCGGACCCCACACCUUCAUCUGUCAGGGAUGCCAGCAUAACGCCGUGCAAAAUCAGAAGGACAACUUGAUGACGAAAUGGCUCAAAAAUAAUUUUGAUCCGAGGAGAGACGUUCUUCCCGAUAUUGUGUGUCGCCGGACGGUUUUGACCUACAUCAUGACGCAGAAGCAGCCUUUUAUCCUGAACGCGAAACGGAUCAGCUUCACUUCCUCGCAAGAUCCGGACCGGAAGGAGUUUAAAGUGAUCCAUGUGGAGUUUGAUUAUCUGCCCACGCUGGAUUUAGAUCCCCAUUUGCCCGGUGGGGGAACCUCGGUCGGGGAAAGGUCGCGGAGUCAGAUGGGAACGUCAAAAACAUCUGACGGGUUGCCCACCUCGGAGAAGAAUUUUGACGCGGAAUCCUACUACGAAAAACCCAACCUUAUCGGCUACUUUGCGGGUAAAUUGUCCUGUAAAGUGCCCACCUUGCCGCCGGAAAGUCGGUGCAUCCGAAUCCUCCUGUCCGCCAUAGUUGAUGGGCUUUGGAGACAAAAAAGUGACCCCGAAUUUUACUCGGCCCACGAUCUGGCCGAAGUUAAAAGCACGAUGGACACCACGGUCGUCUCAGAUCCGAAAAAGGGAGGAAAUCCACACUUUUUUAAGCAGGUUCGGAUGGCUCACGCUUGGGCACAGUGUCAUCUCGUCGGAAUUAACAGAAUGAUGGUUGGCGUGCACACCUUGGUUCCUGGCAAUUUCGCAGAGGAUCACGAAUUUGAUCCCGCCUAUGCCUUGACAUCCCGGCCAAAACGGAUUUUGCAAGAAUUGUGGUUGUACGAUGUUGAAAAGAUGCCAAAUGCGGUUAAAAUCUCGUCGGAUGAGGACGGAUUUCGGGCUUGGACACCUACCGACCUAAAAUGGAAACUAUACACUGCCCUACAACAAAUCCGCGCGCAAGUCCAACACUCCGAGGACAACGUGACGCACCGCUUCCUUCACUACUUCAAUGAAGACUUCCUCGUCCCCUUGACCCUCGAAGAGCUCCAAUUCGAAUGGAAAGCCAUCCACGACGCCAACCGCACCCUCACCUUCCGCAACGUUCACAUGGUCCAAACGUCCCCCGACGUUAUUGAACUCUCGAUGGAAGAGGUGGAACAAGAACACGCCGAAAAACAGGUGGACCACAUCCUCAACACAUUUCUCGGUCUCGGAAUCCCCAUUGAAACGGUCAAAGUCGUCCGAAUCGUGGGAUCUGGUCGCACCCUGGAAGUCCUCUUUCCUUAUGAAGCCCUCGCUCGGAGGGUUUACACGACUUGGCGCCUUUUUUCGGGAAGAAAUCGCUACUUGCCCCGGGGCUUUGAGAAAAUCCGGGUCGACGUCAAACGCACCAAGCGGCAAGAACUAGAACGCAUGCGCAGGAAAGGGAGCGGGAAUAUGUUUUACUUUGUGGCGCAGAGUGCCCCGGUGAGAACGGGAGAGGCACGAUAUACGCAUCAGCAUCAUCCUUAUGCUUGCUAUCAGUGUGGCGGGUCGGGAGGAGCGGGAGCGGGAUAUAGCGCGGGCCCCUCCGUGAUACAGACAGGACCGAUGCCGCCGGCGCCAAGUUCAAGUUCGCAACAGCACCAAAGGGAUCACGGGAUUCAGUUUAUUUUACCGGGGGAACAUUACCCCGUGCCGAGCGGGAGGCAUCAUCACGCACAUCAUCAUGGACACGGACACGCGCAUGCGCAUGGGAAACAUCAUCACGGCGUUGGAAUGACGGGCCCGGUGGCGAGUUCGGCGAGUAAUGUGAGUGGUGGCGGGAGAACGUGUCCGCGAGGUGGGGCGGUAGGCGGGGGAGGAACCAGAGAAGAGCGGGAAGAACCGUGGCGAUAUACGCAGACGAUGUGGCGCUAAUUUUAAAUCGAUAAUUAAGUUUAGUGAAUUUUGUAAUAAUUAGUAUAGAAAAAAACGACGCGAUUUUGGUUGUAAUUUGGUUGAAUAUUUGUUUUUUCGUAAUUUAAUUUGUAAAAUUAUUUGUAACCAUGACAACCUAUUUAGAAAAUUAAUGUCGGAUAGAAUAAUGAGAAAAUAAUACUCGAUAAUUCAUAAGUAAAUGUGUAAGUAAUUAAGGAUUAAUUCCUACAUAAUAUCUAUUAUAAAUUAAAAAUCAUAACUAACUUAUCUGAUUCCUACUAAUUCCUAGCAACUAAUUAAGUAAUUAACAGAUUAAUUAACUAAAUAAUUAGAUAAUUACCUAAUUAAUUAAUCUAUAACACUUCACAAAAGGAAACUGCUUAUUAUACUGUGAGCAACAAACACACCUGACGUGCUUCAAGUAUUGGCGACUAACUAAUUUGCCGAGUUAAAAAAAUUACGCUAGUUACGGUCGGUCAGUCAAGGUCCACGCUCAUAUUUUAUAUUUGUAUCGUGACCAUAAAUUAAUUAGCAUAGUUAAGAAGUAAUUAACUAAUUAACGUUAGCAAACUGAUUAAAGCGUUAAUGUGUGAAUGUUUAGAAUCAUAAUUAUAAAUUGUAAAUGUCCCGCUUUUAAAUUUCCCAAGAUAGACUUAAUUUUACUUUAAGAAUUAAUUCGAAAUUCGACAAAAUACGGUUUACAAAAUUUGCACAAGAAAUUGGCACAGUUCGCACCGUUAAACAUUUAAUGUACAUAGAUAUUCUCAACAUCAUUUAUGCAAAUUAUUUGCUAUCCAUUCUACCUACAACUCAUAAACAACUAUAUAAACUUCACAAAAUAUUAAAUAACGGCGUUGCACAUCGCAAUCCAUUGCAUUGACACAAUUCACGCAGUCCUUAAACUCAUAAAAUCUGCAAGUUUUGUAAAAUAAUUUUACGAACUUUUCCAAAAUAAAAAGCCACCCUAGAUCUGAGCAAGUUUACGAAAAUUUGUAACCAAAU